GAUAAUAAAGAGGUAGGGUUAGAGGCGGGGAAUAUUUAUUAAGGGAAUUCAAGCCCUUAUGAAAAAACUGGUUUAGCAACCAGCCUUAAUAGCUUCAAUAGACAAUUUUGAAAAAAGGCAAGCUGGUAAAGGCAGACUCUAAAAUGUUGAGCAUAAGUGAAGCUCUUGUGGCAGUGGCUGUAUUUCUUCUAAUCACACAGUUUUUAAAGUUGCAGCGAGUGCGGAGACGGUUUCCUCCUGGACCAGUCCCUCUCCCAGUCCUUGGGACACUGCUACAGCUGAACUUUCAGUUUAAUCGUGAUCUUCUCAUGCAGCUAGCAAAAAUUCAUGGCAACAUCUUCACCUUAUGGUUUGGAUGGGCUCCAGUGGUUAUAUUGAAUGGAUUUCAAGCAGUGAAGGAUGGUAUGACCACACACCCUGAAGAUGUUUCUGGGAGGCUGGUGUCACCUUUCUUCAGAGCAAUGGCCAAAGGAAAAGGAAUUAUGCUGGCAACUGGUCACACCUGGAAGCAGCAGAGGAGGUUUGCUCUGAGGACUUUACGCAACCUUGGUCUGGGGAAGAGAGGUCUGGAGUACCGAGUGCAAGAAGAAGCUCACUACCUGGUAGACUUCUUUGCAAGUAUGAAAGGGAAACCUGUGAAUCCUUCUUUCCCUCUUGUCCAUUCUGUCUCAAAUGUAAUUUGUGCUGUCGUGUUUGGACAUCGUUUCUCCAGAGAGGAUGAGGCCUUUCAUGAGCUGAUCAAAGCUACAGAACAUCUCUUCAAGUUUGGGGGAAGCUUUAUUCAUCAUCUCUAUGAAAUCUUCCCCUGGCUGAUGAGCCGCCUCCCUGGGCCUCACAAGAAGGCCUUGGCUUGUUACGAUGUCCUGAGCAACUUCACACGGAGAGAGAUCCGAAUGCACACAGAGCGUGGGGCACCAGAGGAGCUGCAGGAUUUCAUUGACUUCUACCUGGAUCACAUUGAAAAAUCCAAAGAUGAACCCAGGUCAACAUACAAUGAAGACAACAUGGUUUAUUCUAUAAACGACCUUUUCUUGGGUGGAUCAGAGACAUCAAGCACUACUUUGAACUGGGGCCUUCUCUAUAUGGUGGCAAACCCAGACAUCCAAGAGAAAGUGCAGAAAGAGCUGGAUGCUGUUCUGGGUCCGUCCAAGGUAAUCUGCUAUGAGGAUCGGAGAGAGCUGCCCUACACAAAUGCUGUGAUUCAUGAGGUCCAGCGCUUCAGCAACAUUAUUUCAGUGGGCAUGCCCAGGGUGUGUGUGAGGAACACAACCUUGCUUGGCUUUCCCCUCAAAAAGGGCACCAUAGUUCUUCCAAACAUUGCUUCAUCUUUGUAUGACCCAGAACAGUGGGAAACACCUCGACAGUUCAACCCUGGUCACUUCUUGGAUAAGGAUGGAAACUUUGUGGCCCAAGAAGCUUUUUUACCAUUCUCGAUAGGGCACCGGGUGUGUUUGGGGGAGCACUUGGCCAGGACCGAGCUGUUCAUUUUCUUUGCCAGCCUGCUGCGGGCGUUCACCUUCCGCCUCCCCGAGGGAGUGACCCAGGUCAGCACGGAGCCCGUCAUGGGGGGCACUCUGCAGCCCCACCCCUACCGGCUCUGUGCCAUCCCACGCUAGGCUGGGCAUGUGCAGUGUCACAGAACCAUCUAUGAAACAUCUUCCUGAUUUUUCUGAACGUAUCUCUUGAGACCAUAAUAAUGCUUUUCAUAUUGGAUUUGAAUUUCUAGUUCAAAAGCCACCUUUUGUCUACAGUAGGCAGUUUUAUUUAGACCCUGUUACCUGCUUAUGAAGGUGAUCUUUUUUUGUGGUAAAAAUUCUUUUGAUCUGUAAAACCCCCAUCAUUCUCAGCCAUAAAGGAGUCUUGCAGUUGCUGUCUGGCCUGGCAGGUAUAAAUCUGGGGCACAAAAUUGACUUCCAGACUUCAAAUAUUCAUUCAUUUUAUCUGGUAAUGAAUUAAUUCAUUAUCCUGUUUCCAAAAGCAAAUUGGGAAAACUCACUUGGAAAAUUCCGCCUCUUGAUGUCACCAUCAUCAAUAGCAACAUUUCAGUCGACUUUUUGUUGAUGGUCACUAAUAAAAGAUAUGAAGGAAAAAUUAACAAUUGAUUUUAUUUAUAGAUGACUUACAGCUUACUGACAGUGUCUAGAUUUGAUCCAGGAGAAUAUGUGUAAGGCAUCUUUAAACCUGAGAAUACCUGAGUCCAGGAGUGAAAAGGUGCAGCUGAAACCUGGUGAAGAGUGAAGAUACAGUGAGAAGAUUUCUUUUGGGACACAUACUUUGAGCAUUUUAAAAGUCUGACAAGUCAAUUUUUUGGAAAGUCUUUUCUAACAAGGCAACUGUUUACUCCCAUGCCUGACUCCUUUUAGGAUCAGCAAUGGGCAGCUUCUAAACCAGGUGCAAGGAACUUCCCAAGGGACCCUUUGGGUGAGGAACCUGCUUUGGUUUAAGACAAUGGUAAAUUGAAAAAUCUUCAUGGAAAAUGCCAAAGAUACUCUUGAAACCCCUCAGCAGCUCAGCUUCCUGAAGCCACAAAGGGUUGCCAUGUCCACAAGUACUACUCAAAUGCAAUUAAAAAGUCUGUAAUUAGUAGAAAGAAAAAAAAUUGUUCCUAGUUAAGUAUUUAUAUUGUUUGGAAAACUCUUGUACAGCAUAAGUGAAAACUUAUCCUUUCUUAAUGUUCCUGUUUCUGUGAGAGAGGACAGGACAGCUGAGCAGAUGAUCAUCUGUUAAAUCAGUUAUCGCUCGAUGUCAUCCACUGUGUGACUGAGAUUAGUUUGGGCAGUUCACCAUGAAUCACAGUUUUAGAUUGGUCCCAUUAUUUCGAAUUCAAUGGCUGAUGGAACACAGCAUCAAAAUAGUAAGCACUUGAUAUUUAGCUGUUAUUAAAUUAAAUGGUAGGAUAGCACUAGUGAAAUAUGAAAGAUCACAUCCUGACAUUUUACGUGACUGAAAACUGUGCCCUGGUAGAAACUGAUGUCAAAGUCUGUGUGGAUUUGCAUGUGUGCAUGGGGAGAUAAGGCAAAGCUGAAACCACUGUGAUUUGGGGAUGUUGGAGCUGUCAUUGCUGCUUAGAAAUGAAGUUGGAAACAUCAGUAGCAUUACAAGCAUUAACAUCUCUGCUUUGUGAUGCUGUCACCCCUGAUGGCCAUGUGUUUCCCCAGAUAUCUUUCCAAAAGGGAAGCUCAUAAAUGAGU